CUGCAGCCGGCCUCCCGCCCGGCUGCGGAGACACUGGCGCGGGGGCGGGUGAACCUGCUGCCUCGGUUACUGGGAGCAACACAGACGCCUCGAGUUACAGGCGCCCUCGGCCUGGCCCGGCCGGAGCGGAGCCGCGGCCAUGGAGCGCUCCCUGCACCGCGUUUCGCUCGGGAGCCGGCGCGCCCAGCCGCGCUUGUCCUUCUACCUCACCACCUUUGGUCAGUUGAAGCUGUCCGUUGAUGCCCAGGACCGGGUUCUGCUUCUCCACAUCAUAGAAGGCAAAGGCCUGAUGAACAAGGAACCCGGCGUCUGUGAUUCCUACGUGAAGAUUUCUUUGAUCCCUGAAGAUAAUCGACUAUGCCGCCAGAAGACACAGACCAUUCCGGACUGCAGAGAUCCUGUCUUCCAUGAGAACUUCUUCUUUCCUGUCCAAGAGGAAGACGAACAGAAGCGCCUCCUGGUAGCUGUGUGGAACAGGGCAGGUGACUCCAGACAGAGUGGACUUAUCGGCUGCAUGAGCUUCGGGGUGAAGUCCCUCCUGACUCCGGACAAGGAGAUCAAUGGCUGGUACUACCUGCUGGGGGAGGACCUGGGCCGGACCAAACACCUGAAGGUGGCCAGGCGGAGACUGCGGCCCCUGAGAGAACCGUUGUUGAGCAUGCCGGGAGGUGAGGAUGCUGAGAACGGGGAGAAACUCAAGAUCACCAUCCCACGGGGGAAGGACGGCUUUGGCUUCACCAUCUGCUGUGACUCUCCGGUCCGAGUCCAGGCUGUGGAUUCCGGGGGCCCGGCAGAGCGGGCAGGGCUGCAGCAGCUGGACACGGUGCUUCGGCUGAACGAGAGGCCCGUGGAGCACUGGAAAUGCGUGGAGCUGGCCCACGAGAUCCGGAGCUGCCCCAGCGAGAUCAUCCUGCUUGUAUGGCGCAUGGUCCCCCAGGUCAAGCCCGGGCCAGAUGGAGGGGUCCUGCGACGGGCCUCCUGCAAGUCGACCCUCGACCUCCUGUCGCCCCCCAAUAAGCGGGAGAAGAACUGCACACACGGGGCCCAGGCCCGGCCGGAGCACCGCCAUAGCUGUCACCUGGUAUGUGACAGCGCGGACGGGCUGCUGCUCGGCGGCUGGGAGCGCUACACGGAGCUGACCAAGCGUGGGAGCCAGCACACCCUGCCCGCGCUGUCCCGCGCCACGGCCCCCACCGACCCCAACUACAUCAUCCUGGCCCCACUGAACCCCGGGAGCCAGCUCCUGCGGCCUGUGUACCAGGAGGACGCCAUCCCCGAAGAAUCAGGGAGUCCCAGUAAAGGGAAGUCUUACACGGGCCUGGGGAAGAAGUGUCGGCUGAUGAAGACGGUGCAGACCAUGAAGGGCCACGGGAACUACCAGAACUGCCCCGUCAUGAGGCCGCACACCCCGCACUCAAGCUACGGCACCUACGUCACCCUGGCCCCCAAGGUCCUGGUGUUCCCCGUCUUUGUCCAGCCUUUAGAUCUCUGUAACCCCGCCCGGACCCUCCUGUUGUCAGAGGAGCUGCUGUUGUACGAGGGGCGAAACAAGGCUGCCGAGGUGACACUGUUUGCCUACUCAGACCUGCUGCUCUUCACCAAGGAGGAUGAGCCGGGCCGCUGCAACGUCCUAAGGAACCCUCUCUACCUCCAGAGCGUGAAGCUGCAGGAAGGUUCUUCAGAAGACCUGAAAUUCUGUGUGCUGUAUCUCGCAGAGAAGGCAGAGUGCUUAUUCACUUUGGAAGCGCACUCGCAGGAGCAGAAGAAGAGAGUGUGCUGGUGCCUAUCGGAGAACAUCGCGAAGCAGCAGCAGCUGGCGGCUCCAUCCCCCAACAGCAAGAAACUCCACCCUUAUGGCUCUCUCCAGCAGGAGAUGGGGCUGGCCAACUCAACCAAUGCUACCCAGGAUAGAAGCUUUACCUCAUCAGAACAGACUCUGAUUGGCUGAGCAAACCCAAGGGCGGGACUCUGCUUCUGGCAACUUAACCCUUUCUUGGGCAUCCCCUACCACAGAGUAACCUCACCUCAACUGGACCCAAACCGGAGGACCAAGAUGUUGGGCCUAGGGUCAUCUGAAGGGAGUGGCCCCACGGGUGUGUGUGGACUGGCAUCAGAAGGACCACAGUGGUGUCGGAGGCUCUGUGGGCAGAUGCAGACUGGAUCCGAAAGUCCCAAAUGGAGAAGAACCAGAAGCUUAUUCCCUACAAGGAAGAAGGAGGUGAAAUAGCACGUGGGCUUCCGGUGGUUCCAGCACCUGCCUUGGGGGCAGGCGGAGAGGUCAGGAGAGGUCAGCGCUGACGGAGAACAACGCCAAGAUAGAUGCCCGGCUGCCAGAAGAUAUCUCCACCCCUUCUCUCAUUUGUCAUCUGUACUCAAGCAUUCAUUCUUUCACUCGUCGGAUAUUUUGAGGGCAUGUGCUUUAUGCCAGACUCUGUGCUAGGAGCCUGAGAUAACUGUGGAGAGUGAGAUGGAUGUGGUCUCUGCUCUCAUCUUAGUAGAGGAGUGAGCAUUACAUAAAUGUUAAUACACACACACUUGCACACAUGGUUACAAACUGUGAUAAUCUAUGAAGGAAAAGAAAGGAUUCUUUCAAGAGAGAAUGUUGUGUAGAUUGCUGUAGGGGUGGGGGAGGGGCAGGGGACAAGCCUGACUUUGAAGCCACGACCUGGAGGCCAGAAAGGAGUUAGCCAGUCAAGGACUCUGGAAGGAAUGUUCCAGGUGGACCGGAACAGCUUGUGAAGAGUGUCUGAGAUAGGAUAGGGGUGCGGCGUGCUGGAGGGAUGGAGGCCAGGUCGCUGGAGCUUGAGUUUAGUUGGGGGGAAAGACCACCGGGGUGGGGCCAGGUGGUUCAGACCUGUGGUGGUUCUUGUUGUCCUGAGAGUUCGGGUCUGGGCACAGUGGGAAGCCACUGAAGGCUUUUGAGAAAGGGAGUCACAGGGUCUCGGGGACCAUUUCUAGAAGAUGGUAGAACCCAAGGCAGGGGGUCCCUUAAGUCCUGCAGGUGAGGGGCAAUGGUGACCUGCCCUGGAGGGGCGCUGGGGAGGUGGUUAUGUGGAUGUCCAGACCCUGGGGGUAGCGGAGGCUCGGAUUGUCCUCCACCCUUCUCAUCCUCCGCCAUAUCUGACUUUCAGUGGAUGCAAGUAAGGGUGAGGCCGUCCUCACAGAGCCCCUUCCUCGUGAGGCCUGGGUAGGGACCAGGGCCAAGUGCUGAGAAUGUCCCCGGGAGCUGGCAGCAGUGGGCGCUUCUCCUGGCCAAGUUGGGAGAAGUGGAGCUUCUCCAGGCCUCAGCAGGGGUGGCCUGUGCUGUCUGUCCAUCCGGUGCUGAAUGGUCUGAUAGGAAACUGGAAUUCAGCCCCUGGGAAGCUGACUGGGUUGCUUUCCGCGGAGCUUCCGAGACUCGGGGACCGGGGCUAAGUGUGGCUCAGCACCGCUAGGGGAGACCCAUCCUGCUGUGAGGCUGAUUGGUGACCUGCCAGGGGACAGCGAUGAGAGCUCAGACUGCUCACUGCCUGCCGCACCUCCCGCUGUGGGCCAGCGUGGGGCAGCUUUCACACCCUUCUGCCCAGACAAAGCUCACACACAAAGGGCAUGUGUAGGAGCAGGGCCUUUUGCCUAGAAAGGAGGUCAGAGAGGCUGGGCUUCAGCUUAGGGAAGUCCCCUUGAACACUCGGCAUUGUGUCCUGUAAGAUCCUCUCUGUGUUCUAGAGAGGGGGAGGGAUCUUGUGCCCUGCUGAACUUGCUUAGCUGCUUUGACUACCUGAACCUCAAGAAGGGUGGCCCAGUAGAGAAUUAUUCCCUUAGCCUCCCACAGCUGGCCCUUUCCCCCAGCCUAGGAAAGAUCAGACAUGCGGUAUCAGUAAUCUAACAGGGGAUCAGCCCGGUGCCCGACCCAGCAGGGGAAUGGCCGGCCAGAGUGGGACAAGCAGUGUCUAUCAGCUGAGACUCCGCCUGCAGGGUUAAUUCUGAGAGGCCAAGCAGCUGGGUCUGCACAGACAGCAAGCCACAUCAUGUUUUCAUUUGAUUCCCUUACAAAAUGACAUUAAGGGGAGAGUGAGGCCCACGAGAACCGCCUGUCUGGAAAGGCAGCCAGCUUUUCUCUUCUGGACCUGGGGACCUAUCUCUGUCCACCACACAGGUGCAGAGGUUGGGAGCUCUGCUGGCAGGGCAACAGAGACUCUAAAUGCGGCCCCUGGCCCUGGGGAUGGCGCUUUCCUCCGCUUGUCCCAACAAGCUGCUGCUGCUGUGGAUGCAGACAUCAGCUCCUGGAGGGCCCUUGUCUUCCCGGUGACUGUGGUGAGCCACAGCGCCAUUGCUGCUCUGCCUUUCAAAUCGAUGAGACAAUUAAUUUGGCUCCACGGGCUCGAGAAGAUGAAAUACGACCGGGUGGCCAUUGCUUCUCAGCCGCCCGGUCCAUCCCCAGCCGUCCAGGAUGAUGAAUGCAUCGAAAUUGCCUUCGAGAGCCAUAAUCACGGGAAACAUGGCCGAGCCCCUCCCUCCACACAAAUCACUCUAAGAAGCUCACACAAUGGUCUCUUUCCUGAUGGCCCAAUUGUCUUGCUGUGUGUCUGGGGACCUACGGGCUGGGAGCACGGGAGCACAACCAUUUAUUGUUGAAAAGGCCAUCUGUGCGAUUUGAAUACAAAGUGACUCUUUAAAUUCCCCGACCCACCCCCUGCACAUCCUUUGAUCCCAUUUUCUUGUUUUCUUUAUUGUCUCACGCUCUGGAUCUGUUGAAACUCCUGGUCUCUGCUGCCUGGGUCCUUUGGCAGUUUGGGAAUUGGGACCCAUUGGAAAUAAUGAAGACAUUUAUUUAUGUAUGACUUUUCAAAAAAAAUUCUUUAUUUUAAAUUCUUUUUCAUAAAUUCUGCCACCAAAGCUCUGUAUUUCUCAUACAUAGCACCUAGAGCGUUCUGCAAAUUGAAGGCGCAGGCAAUUUCACAAUGUAGAUGGGCGUCUCCAGCGAGAGCAUGGGCAUCAGAGAUGUCACCUGGGAUCCCCAGGCAUUAUCUCCCCUAGGCCUCCCAGCAGCCCUGUUUUAUGGAUGCAAGGGACUAAGACUCAGAGAAGUUAAGUGAUUUAUCCAAGGUCACACAGCUUCCCAGCUGUGGCUAGACCUGAGGCUGAGCUAGUCCUCCAGCCAAGGCAUUUCAACCUAAUCCAUUGCUCUUUCCAGAUACAACGGUUUGCCUUGUAGGGGGUGGAAGUAAGAGAAAUCAAUUAUCGCCUUCAGGAAGAGUCAGGAGGGAAGAUACCCUGCAUGUAGAAGUUGUGGCCCUUUAAGCUCUAGUUGGAGUCCUUUAAGACUAAUAAAAUGAGAUGUCUUAUUCUCUACACACUAGAGAAUAAACUUCAAGUUCAUAUGGCCCAGGGGUGGCCCAGGCUGACAAGAUGAAUAGCAUUAUACAAGAUUUGAAAAAUCUGUUGUGAAAGACAAGGAGGAACUCCAGCAGACAGACACUCAGCAGUACUGGGAUGGUUGGGUUACCCCCCUUUUCAGUCUGGCAUUCAAGAAGUGUCUGGCAACACAGUCUUGGGGUACCUGGUCUUGAUAGAACAGUGGCUGAAGGCAGAAAAGGAUAGGUUCAGCCCUUUGACCUCCGCCUGGUUAAGGGUGAGGUGAGAGCCUGCUCCAGGUUUGGGCCCAGAUUUUGCUAGUUGACUGAUUCCAAAUCUCAACACUAAGUACGUGUGUGCGUGCUCAGUCACUUCAGUCAUGUUUGACUCUUUGCGACCCUGUGGACUGUAGUCCUACCAGGCUCCUCUGUCCAUGGGAUUCUCCUGGCAAGAAUACUAGAGUGGGUUGCUGUACCCUCCUCCUAGGGGAUCUUCCCAACCCAGGGGUCGAACCCACAUCUCCUGCAUUGCAGGAGGAUUCUUUCCUGCCGAGCCACCAGGGAAGCCCCAGUACUAAGUAACUGGGUGUCAAAUGGACUAGAUUUCAGAUAUUCUCCACGCCACCCCCUGCACAGCUCCCUCUCCCCCACCAAAAUUGCUUUCUAGUCUCUCCAGCUUUCCUGCCUCCCCUUGUUGCUGCCCAUCUGGCUGCAGAAAGAUCAUCCUCUUCCCCACCUUCCUCUUGGCCUCAGCCAUCUUGCUGUCUUUUUUUGUUGUUAUUCUUAAAGAAGAUUGCACAACCUUGCCCUCUGUCUUGACCUUAUCUUUAUUCAAGCCUUUCUCUGAAUAGGGCCACCAUCCUCCAAAUUGUUCCUAGAUCCUCAGUUUAAGGAUAGAAUAAUAACAGUAAGUACUUUAUAAGUGACGCUUAAGACUGUGAGCCUGGAGCAAUGCCAAGCUCUUCACCUAUAUCUUCUCUCUUAAUCCUCACUACAGCCUCUUGAAGUUCUUUGUCAUCUUCACACAUUUACUCUCACUAUACCCAGUAGGUAGAUAAGGAUGCUGAGUCUUUGAGGAGAAACUUGCCCAAGGUCACACAGCCUGUGGGUGGCUAGGGUUGGAACCUGGGGGGCCCAGCCCUAGAGCACUGACUCUGGAUUGCUCUCUUCUACUACUUUCCAGAAACCACAGACCAUCAAAGCUGGGGAGGCUGAGUAGUUCAACUCCCUGCUUCAAGACCAUCCUGGGAGGCCAUGGUCCCACCCCAGUUCUCUCCCUAGUUGCUCUGCCCUCCUGCUUUGAGCCCAUAGCCCAGCCAUUUUGAAUUAUAUCCCUUCUCUAAAUUCCCCAUGCAUGUUCCUCUUUAGGCUGUUUCUCCUGCCUGAUGUUGCCUGCCCUCCUCUGCUGUUCCGGCCACAUACAGUCCUCAGGCUUCAAGGCUCCCUGGCUUGCAUCAAAAGUCUCUGCUUCCCCGUCUGUGCUCCAUAGUAUUUUGUUCAUCUUUAGCACAGUGUGUCAGGCAGAUGUGUCUCCCCUGCAAGACCAUGGGCUUCUUGGGAGCCAGACAUCCACAUCCACCCUUCUCCCAGGCAGGGUCCCGGUCUCUCUUGCGGCAUCUCCCUUACCACCCUCACUGCUCUCCUCUCCCCUCCUUCUAGAGGUCAGCAUAUGGGCUCUGCAUAUUUUGAGAUAUUUUAAUAACAUCUGACUAUCAUAAGUAUUCUCAUAAGGUUGAGAUAUUAAUGUUGCCUUAAUCUUCCCGAGGCCCGAUGGUGUGUGUACUGCUGUGUGGCGCUUGCAUUUGUUUGACAAACCAUCUAUAUUUAUACUUAUAAAUUAGCUCUCUGUGCAGGGUUAAGUUAUUUAAAUAAACUUGCAUAUGGUCUGUAGUGGGGGUCAUAGUUUAUUUAUUUCUGACUCUGUUAAGCCUGAUUCUUGGUAGAUACUCACUGGAUGUUGUAGAAUUGGAUUACGGUUCAAGCCUGUCACAGUCUAGAAUCUAGAUGAGGAAACUGAGCCUCAAAAAGGGGAAGUGACCUGGCCAGGUUCAUGGGACAAGGUGGUGGCAGAGCUAGGACUUGGCUCAGGUCUACUGACUUUCUUGGCUCAAAGCGUUUUCCAUUUCACUUCAGGUUUGUAAGACCAGAGCCUGGUUCCCCUCUUGGUCUUAAGCAAUCUAGUCUGGCCAGAUUCACUUCAGGGUUGUGAAUGCCUCAUAUCCAUACUGACUCAUCAGGGAAGGAGACCUGAUGGGAACCGCUCCUAUGGUUCUCUCUCCUGGAUUUGUGGAGCACCCCUCUCACUGAGCUUCUGGCCCUCAGAGAAAAUCAGAGUAGGAUUCUGAAGAUCUUGGUUCAGAUCCUGAUUUUGCUUGUAACUCUCUGUGUGACUUUGGACAAAUUACUUCACCUCUCUGAUCAUUUGUUUCUUUUCCAAGAGAAAUGAGGGUGUUGAAUUUAGGUGAUCUCCGGGAGUCAUCUCCAAAGCCCCAGGGCUCUAACAAGAGGUUAAAAGAAAAAAGAAAUCAGACAUUUUGGGCUUCAUAUUGAAACACGUGCAUGUGCAUAUAUGCAAGUGUUGUUGUUGUUGUUUAGUUGCUAAGUCAUGUCCAACUCUUUUGCAACGCCAUAGACUGUAACCUGCCAGGCUCCUCUGUCCAUGGGAUUCUCCAGGUAAGAAUACUGGAGUGAGAUGCCAUUUCCUUCUCCAGGGAAUCUUCCUGACCCACUUGGCAGGUGGAUUCUUUACCGUUGAACCACCUGGAAUGCCCAUAUGCAAGUGUUGGACGUGGUUAAUAUUCAUCAUGUACUUGAGUCAAAUCAAUAUAUCAGUGGAUCUUAUACAGGAAGAGGUCCUCAUCUCAGAACUCAAAUUAUAAGCACAGCCCUGCCUCCUCCCAACCAAACGUGCCUCCUUCCAGGCCUGCUUCCGGGAAGACAGCACAAUAGCUUUCAAGCUCAGAAUCUUCUCCCAUUCCUUCCUUUUUCCUGCUCACUGGACCCUUGUUUUAAUAUCAUGUAUAUAAGGAUACACAUAUGUUCUUUAAUCUCUCUAACUCCUGGUCAGUGGCAUACAGCUAACUUUCAGUGAAGGUUGUAAGAAUCGGUGUGCAAUGCCUGCAGUUUCUAGUGUGGUCAGAAGUCUCCGUUAGACUUCCCCAGAACUUGCCACUGACUCACUGCCUUUGAUGUGUACCUUCUUUGGCUCAAACACUACUUAGGGUAAAUUUUCUCAGUGUCUUUUAAAUGUUGGUGGUUUUCCAUUUUGGUUAAAUUCUAUCACAGUAUCAGUUCAGUUCAGUUGCUCAGUCAUGUCUGACUCUUUGCGACCCCAUGAAUCGCAGCACGCCAGGCCUUCCUGUCCAUCACCAACUCCUGGAGUUUACUCAAACUCAUGUUCAUCGAGUUGGUGAUGCCAUCCAGCCAUCUCAUCUGUCAUCCCCUUCUCUUCCUGCUCCCAAUCCCUCCCAGCAUCAGGGUCUUUUCCAACGAGUCAACUCUUCGCCUAGGUUUCUGCUAUUUCUCCUUGUGGGAGAACAUUAAGUGUUCAGUAGGCUAGCAUAGGAAGCUAUUUAUAGCUUCCAUUUAUAACACAAUUUUAUAACCAUUUAUAACACAAUUUUCAAUGGGAAAAUGCUUUCUGAGACCCACCGUCAACUCUCAGAUGAACUUUAGGAAUAUAGCUCCACACACACCCAACAAUAGAGAAUGCAAUAUUUAUUUCAUGAAUGACUAGAAUUUUGAUAGAACCACAGACUCUUUGAGUAUGGAACUGAAAAGGCUACCCUCUACCCCAGUGGGGUUCAUCGAUUAACAAGCUGAUUUGUAGAGACCAAGAGAAGAAAAGGGUAAGAACUCCCAGUCAGCUUCGUGCAGUUGGUGCUAGAGGUGGAACUGGGACCCUCCCCCUAGCACUCCUCUUUGGGGACGCUCGGGAGCCUGACAGGUUGGGGACAGGGAGGGGCACAGAUUUUCUUAGAGACGUUCAUCAUCUCACUCAGCUGUGCCGUCUUAGGAAAAGUAAGUCACCGCUUUGGGCUGUAAUGGAAAUAGUGAGAAGUGGCCCGGCUAACAGCUGGGGAGAGGUUGUCUAGUCGACUGGCUUGUCUGUAAAUUCCCUCCGCGUUCUGCCUGGAGUGGAAUGAAUGGGGCAGCUGUGUUUUACCUGGAGCUCUGAGCAGGACAGGGCUGGCGGAGAUGUUCCCUGUUCUAAAAAUAGCAGUGGGAACGGAGUUGAGGGGAAGGGGAGGGGGCUCCUUCGGGACCUGGGUGGGACGCCUCACCCCCUUCCUCUUCCUGCUGGGCCCCCUGCGAGGAAGCGCGCCAUGGAUUCAAAGCAUUUAGACCUGGGAGGGUCCUGGAGCCAUCAGCGCUCACAGCCCCUCCUCAGACAGAAGAGGAGGCCCGGAAGUGGGGAAAGGACUGGCCAGCCGGCUGGGGUCCCGGGAGACGGUCACAGAUGGUGAGCUGUUUCCCCGCUGCAUUUACCAGGGUGGAGCAGGCCAGGCAAGGUUUUCUCUCCCUGCCUUUGGGAGCGCACAGGGCCUGGGAACUCCUGGGGCGGAUGUGGUCCGGCUUCCUGAUUGUCGCCCAGCAGGCGAGGAGUCCCUGGUUAGUCUGCCCUGAGCCCUGACCUCAGCCCCUGGCCUGCCAGGGCCACACCCUCCCUGUGCUGUUGUCCCCACGCUUGCUGACCUGUCCUUGUGUCGGCCCCCAGGCUGUCUGCAGGGAGGGCGGGCCCGCACAGAACCAGCCUGGAGGACAGAGGGCCUGCCCAUCCCCAGGAGCCAACAGGAGCAGCUCAGGUAGAGGCAGGGUCUGAUUGAGGGGAGGGCAGGCCAGGGUUCAGAUCCCAGCUCUGCUUCUCACCAGCUGUGGGAUUACUGGCAGGUCGCCCAGCCUCUGUCAAACGAGAGGACAUGUCUCUCACUGGUUCUCUUGAGGACUAAGGGGAAUGGUCUAUGCAAAGUGCCUGGUGUGUAAUAGGUAUGUUCAGCCAUCCAUACCCGUGGGUUCUGCUUCCAUAGACUUAACCAAUCCUAGAUAGAAAAAAAAAAAAAAAAUCCAGAAAUUUCCAAAAAAGCAAAAGUUGAAUUUGCUGAGCUGGCAACUAUUUACAUAGUAUGCGUGUGUGCUAAGUCACUUCAGUCGUGUCCGACUCUGUGACCCUAUGAACUGUAGCCCACCAGGCUCCUCUGUCCAUGGGAUUCUCCAGGCAAGAAUAAUGAAGUGGGUUGCCAUGCCCUUCUCCAGGGGAUCUUCCCGACCCAUGGAUCAAACCUGCAUCUCCUAUGUCUCCUGCAUUUGCAGGCAGGUUUUUUUUUUUUUUUUUUAAAUCACUAGCACCGCCUGGGAAGUCCCAUUUAUACAACAUUUUCAUUGCAUUUAAAGUGAUUUACAUGGCAUUUACAGGGCAUGCGGUCACAAAAAGUCAGACACAGCUGAAUGAGUUUCACCUAAUCACUUAGUAUUUUAAGUAAUCUGGAGAUGAUUUAAAGUAUCUGGGAGGAUGUGUGUAGGUUCUAUGCAAAUAUUGAUCCUAUGCCAUUUUGUAUAAGGGACUUGCAGUCCUGGAUUUUGGUAUCAGCUGGGGUUCCAUGGAUACUGAGGAACAACUGUACUUAGUAAUGGUAGCUGUCGUUGCUAGCUCAAGUGUAAAUGUGUGCUUGACUCUGCAACCCCCUUCCUUGGGUCCUUCAUCCAUGGAGGCAUGGCAAAUGUGGGGAUUUUUUGUUAAAUGCAGUUGACUUUUGUUGUAUCGUUACCAAAGUAAUUCAUGUUUACUAUGAAGAAAAUAUUUAAUACAGUUGAACCAGGAGAAGGAAGUGAAGCUCACCCUUAAUCCCAACACCCAGAGAUAACCACUGUUAACAUUUUAGGGUGUAUGUAUCCUGUUGGGCAUUUGUUUAUACACACAUAUAUCUUAUUUGCAAAUUAGCAUUGCUAGUGCACACAAUUUUCUGACUUGUUUUUUUCCCACUUAGCAGUGUAACAUCAAUAAACAUUCUUCUACAACAUCA